AUGAUUCGAACCCUCUUCGACACCGGUCACGCGUGCUGUCUUCAUCACACCACACCUAGACAGCACCACCAACGCCCCAAAUCGCUUCCCGAGGCAACUCCACUACGAUGGCUGAGCGCCGGAAGCGCCAGCAUCCCAAGGGGCCCGCAGCGCAACGCCGGGAGAACCGCCGUCGAGGAGGUAUCGACGAGGGCGGUGCAGUCCAGGAAAGCCCAGGAACACAGGAGAGCUCUCACAGUCUUGGGUCUUCUGCGGGCCGUAGUAGUGGCGGCGGGCGUGGUGGCAGCAGGAGAAGCUCAUCGUGCCCACUGCCCUCAGGAACGGGAGCCCAUCUACGAGCCCAAGCGGCUUCCGUGGGCCCAACACGAGGCGGACCUCGAUAAACGGCAAGGCUGGCGGCGGUCGUACCGCAUGGAGAAGGGCCAGUUUCCACAAGCUUGUCGAGCUACUCCGCCCUUGCUGGCAGUCAACGCCUUCUUCGGCGCACUGCGAUCGCCAAUCAACGGCGCCAUAGCUGUAGAAGUCCGCGUUGCCGUGGCGUUGAGGAUCCUGGCUGGCGCUAGUUACUGGGAUGUUGCCCUCAUGUUUGGCUUGUCGGUGCCGACCACGUACCAGAUCUUGUGGUCGGUGAUCGACGCCAUCAACAAGACGCGUGCGGUUGGGGCAUUCGACUUCCCCCUGACCGAGGAAGGCUGCAUGCGAAAUGCCAACAGAUUCAAGGAGAAGAGCACCGAUGGCAUUUUCUCCUGGGUCGUCGCCGCCGUGGAUGGUCUGUUCAUCAAGGCCAAGGCUCCGUGUGCGAAGGACACCGCCAACGUCAUCGCGUACUACUCCGGCAGCAAGUCCGCGUACGGCAUCAACGUACAAGCGAUGUGCACCGCCGACUACCGGUUCUGCGCAAUGUCGGCGAUCUCUCCAGGCUCCACGAACGACUGGGUGGCAUGGAAUCGAUCUUCCCUCGCCAAGGCCGUCGCCCGCUUGCCCGCCGGAUUUCACAUCAUUGGUGACGCCGCCUACCCCAUCGGAGAAAAGCUUCUGACGCCGUACCCUGGGAGGCUCCUGCCGCCGGGUGAGGACUCGUUCAACUUCCACCUGAGCCAGGUUCGUGUCAUGAUCGAGCAGAGCUUCGGCAUCCUGGUUGCGACUUGGGGCAUCCUGUGGCGACCUCUCCAUGUGCAGUACGGAGGACGCGCGGAUCUCAUCACGGCUCUUUUUCAUCUGCACAACUUCCUGCAAGACGAGAAGGUAGCGCCGAUCCAGCUUGCAGAGGAGGACUCCCGCAGCGGGCGCAACCGGCUGGCCCUCUGUGCUACGCAGCGCACCUUGCCGGCUGGCUGGCAAACGGAGCAACCGGCUCCUUCGAGGAGCGGUGAGACCCCGGCCCGAGCGGCUAUCCGCACGGCCCUGGAGUUGAAGAAGCAGUGGAGGCCGGACUACAACCGCCGGAGGAAUUCGUAAGCACGUAUCCAGCUCGCAUCGCGUCGCGUGCGCACAAGCGGGAAGUGGGGACGGGUCUACAUAGGGGCGGAUGGAGGCAGAUGGGGGAGAAGGUCGCUACUACAAGCGGGCGAG